GACACGGCAUUGCAUCGGUCUCAUUUCCCAGGCCCCAGACACCGCCUUAUUUGUCCCAACUUUUUCAUCUCCGUUCCUCUUUCCUCUCCUUCUCUCUCGCGGAUUCUGCUAUGCAACAUUUACCAUUCCGAUUCGGCAAUUCAAUCUGCCAAAUUUGGUCAUAUAUCAUGAUAUAUAUGUAGAUACGUACAUAAAGGCUCAAUCUUUAUACAUUUUUCUUCCUCCUCCUCCUCCUCCGCCGCCGCCGAGGCCGCAGCCGGCGUUUAGCGCCACCCAGGGUGGUGGUUGAGCCUGCGAGAAUGGAGUCUCGGAAGUCACCCCGAAAUGGGUACCACCCCUUUUCUUCUUCUCGGAGAGAUGUCAAUUACAGGAACUGCGACUGUGACGGAUCUGCAACUCACAACAAUGGGCAAUGGACAGCAGUGACAGAUCUGCAACUUAUGGUUACGGACGGCGGCGAAGCUGAAGAGGAAAGGUCGGCAACUCACGACGACAGAUCUGCAGCGAUCGGCGGCAACAGGCCUGUGAAGUUGAAGAGGAACGGUUGCUGGAGGAAGCUGAAGGGUCUGUGACGAUUGGUGACUCCUAGUGUCGAUUGGUGGCUCACAGCAAGGGAUCUGCAAUGAUGGUGGUGAAGGACCUGCGAAUCUGAAGAGGAGAGGUCGAUGGAGGAAGAGGAGAGGAUGGUGACGGUUGGUGACACAUAGCAAAGGUGAAGCACAAUGGUUGGCGACGCUCGGCUUUAUGAUGAUGGAUGUGAAGAAGACGACUACAAGAGGAAGAAGAAGACUGCAAGAAGAUGGCUUUUUCUGCAAAGGGAAGAAGAAGACUGCAAGAUGAAGAUCUUGGGACAGUGGGUUUUCGAUUUUGUGAAGGAGGCAGUUUGAUCUUGGGACAAUCCAAGGGAAAACAUUGGAAAAACUUUGGAAAACUUGAUAAAUCCAUUUGAACACAGUUCCUAAUUUUCUAUUCCUGUGGAAAAUUUUUCGGGAAAACUGGGGUAGUUUUCUGUAAGUGAACAGCCCCUUAUGUUUUCUAAUAGAAUUCAGUCCUACCCAGAAACCGGUUUUGAUUUUUCCUCUAAGAAUGGAAAACCCUCAGAAACAGUCAUCUUUUCAUUCAUUACUCAUCUAGUUGGUCCCAAUCUUUACCAGCAACUGACUGUAUUUGUUGACACGUAUGGUUGACAACUUGAUGUAAUUGACAUAAUGAACAAAAUUGACAAAUAUCAAAUGAGAAAUGAAAUAACUUAUUUGGUUGCAUUGCAUGUUGAUUCUUUACAAUGCAAUUCCCUUAAUCUUGUGUGUUCUUUGUAAUCAUGAAUCUUUUAAGCGUUUUGAAACUGUAAGAAUAGGUUAUUUAUGCUUGCAAUGACAAAGUAGU